AUGACGUCACUCCAUUUUGCGGCAUAUCCGGUGCCCGGAGGGGAGCAGCAGUUCAUGAAACGGAUGCGCGAAGUCAGCAACAGUAUGAACACACGUGGCUUCACGUGGCCUUCUUGCCUUUCGACCAUAGCUGGUUUGGACAUAAAGGAUAUUGCGAUCGGACCGAAUCACGCCGCUUUUUUGCUGGAAGACGGUAGAGUUUGUAGAAUAGCGUUGAACAUCUUCGCCGAUCGAUUCGACACUGGCAAAACGAGUGGAAAGCCGGUCAAAACUGAAACAAGCUCGAACACUAGAAGUCCAAGCUCUGUUACUUCUGGUGAAAGUUCUACGUCGGCGCCUUCUACGUUCAGCAGUCGGGCCGCGAAGAUUCGACGAGUGAUGAUGGCUCGUGGCCGUGUUGGCAGAGGAGUGAUCGUUGGAUCACGUCCCCUAAUCCCCGCUUCUGCCGUACCUGAAGAACUGAUCGCGCAGGCUCAGGUGGUGCUGCAGGGAAAAUCGCGCGAAGUCAUCAUCAGAGAGUUGCAGAAAACGAAUUGCGAUGUCAAUCAGGCUGUGAAUAACCUUCUGAGCCGUGAUGACGAUGAAACGGAAGAUUUUGACGACACCGGUGACUCAUAUUUGCCAGAAGAACUAAUAUCGCUGCUAGACACGGGAUUGCAGGGCGAUCAGCCGAGUGUCAUAAUCGAUGCCGACGCAAUUUAUGGCGAUGAAGUUUGGGGAUAUUCAAUAAGACGACGUAGUGGUGACGGCAAGAGCGAAAAACCAGCAGCUGAGCAACCUAAAGAUUCGACGGCGCAAAAGAACUUGAACACUCUAAAUCCGAUUGCGUUAGGUGGACAGCUGGAAUUCUGGGAGACGACGGUAACGAUUCAUAGUAAGAGCGCAAAGCUGCUCUUAACUCAAGAGCGAAUCACCGGUCUGGCGACAUCGUCAGUAAGAGCUACAUUGAUGACGGAGAAAAAGAAGUUAGCUAGCUUCGUCGACGAUCUUCUUGGGGAGUCGAUUGCUGACGCGGGUUUGCUGCCAUGCAACCAGCGCGUAAAAAUGUUGGAACGAACGAAAGCCAAAGCGAAGCGUCAUGUCAGUUUUGACACGAACGAGAUAACGCCCGGUUGCCAGGUUCGUCUCAGGGCUACGCCGAUGUAUCAUUCAGGCGCCGUUGGCUUUACGACAGUCAACGGAUAUCCACAGGUUGGUGUGUUGAUGGAAUCAGCCUGGACGAUCAAUGAAACGUGUCGCUUUCGCGUUGUUUCGCACGGUUCAGACCUGAAUUCAACGCUUAAAGAGCUCGAAAGUAUCGAUGAUUCACCCCCCUUGCUGAGUAACAGUAGCAGCGCUAGUAACAACGUUAGUUCCAGUGCUAAUGCCAGCGCCGUUACCGGCGUUAAUACUGCCAGCUCUGAAGUUCAAGCAACAGGGAGCAGCGGUAGUGGAGACAGCAGCGAUUCGCGUACACCAAUCCUGCUUAAUCUACGUAGACGAGUGAAACGGCUUGCUCAGAUGGCAUUGAAGGAGGAAGUGGUCGAAAAGGAGGAAGCUUGGAAUUUGAAGGACGUCGUGAUAAUUGAAGAGAACAGAAGCUUUACUGUCGGAAACGUCAUGAUGGUCGAUGGACCGUACUGUGCGGUUAUAUUUCCAGAAAAACACGACAGACACGUGGUAGAUGAACAGGGGGACUUGAUGGAGCGUUGUCGGCUGCUCCGAAAAGAAGAUUUGGUCGUGGUAUAUUUCUCUGAUGUGGUGUCCUCAGGUUUGCUACCUGCACUUGUUUCGCAGGUUUCGAAAUCAGCCGUCUUGAUGAGUACUUCAGACUGCAUUCAGCGAGAACCGAAAAAGAUGCCCCCAGUCUUCAUCGGCACGCUUAUUGACUUUGCGGUUGAUUCGAAUGGCGUUUGGUUUUUGUCUCAGAAAGAUGAAAAAAUUAUGAUGUCUAAAUUUUCUUUAAACGGCAAGCCAUAUUACGAAUCUGUCAUUUCGGAACACCCGAAUUCGUUUCUGAAUUUCCCUUGUAGCUCAAAGCCAAGAAUAUUCAAUUCUGGAGAGGAAUCUGUAAUGGCUGUUUUGGACGGCAAUCGUUGUGUAUUUCCGUUGUGGAAGGAUUCUGAUUGCAGCAUCAUCGUUGGACAUCCGUGGGGCCUUUGCCCCGUUGGCUCUGUUGGUAUCGGCAUUCAUCCGAAUAAAAACUCUUCCGACUCUUCUAAAUGUUCUAAAGUUGCAGUACUGAGCUUUUUCAUUCGACCUCCGAAACUCAUGCGGCAUGUGUUGCAGUGCGAUUUCGAUUGCGCGAGGCAAGUGAUCGAUCAGCUUGCUGCUGAAGGAAAUGCUGAACAAAUUCACGAUGAGAUAGUGAAAACGCGCGCCGACGGCAAUCGCAACAUUUUGCACAUGUGCGCGGCGUUGUCGGUGCCGCCUUCAAACCUAGAGAACGUCGAUACGUACGUUGGCGCUGAACUGUCGAGCGUCAAGGCAUCUGAUUGCGCUGCUGCAGCCGCCACCCGAACCCUGUACGACGUGAAAUGGGACGACAUGGUGAACGCCACCCGUCCGCGCUUGCGCAGGCUUACUGCCAGUCUUCUGUCGAACAACUUAGGCAUGAGUGUAAGCGAAAUUAUGCAGUUUGUCGGUCACCCUCUGCGAUGGAGCGAUAGCGUCAGUGGCAGCCAGAGUUCUACCUAUCAGUCCCGAUUCGAGCUGCCGCUGCCUCCUGCUGACUGGCCAAUGGCCAGUGCAUCCGAGACUGCGCCUUCAUCAUCAAACGACGCUGUAGACAUGUCCGUUGACGUUUCGUCCAUUCCGCUUCCGCCUCCAUUUCCCCCGAUGCCGUGCGCUGUUGCUGAAACCAAAGAACGCCAGGAGAAUUCAAUUCGGCUUCUUAGAUACCUGUGCGAAAAAUCGGUCUUGAGUAGUUACGUUCAGGAGCUACUGGUUACGAAGGACCAGAACGGCAUGACUCCGUUUAUGUACGCCAUCAGCUGUCGGGUGUACCACGUUGCUAUUCUGCUAUGGGAGACGAUUCAACGAAUGGCCAAGUUCUCGCAGCAGUUCGCCGAAAAGGCAACAAUGGCAAUCUUCCCGCCGGACUCCAAUCUGGAUAAUUCGCCACUGUUUCUGCUCUGCUACAACGACACCUGCAGCUUCACGUGGACUGGUGAUGAACAUAUCAAUCAGGAUAUUUUCGAGUGCCGCACGUGCGGCUUGGUCGGCUCACUGUGUUGUUGCACGGAAUGCGCAAAUAUCUGUCAUCGAAAUCACGACUGUAAGCUGAAGAAAACCUCACCGACCGCUUAUUGCGAUUGCUGGGAGAAGUGCAGGUGUAAGGCGUUGAUCGCCGGCAAUCAGGCGGCUAGGUUUGAUCUGUUUAACAGGGUAACCAUGGAAACUGACUUGGUGAUGAAGGCAAACGAAAAGGGAGAGCACGCUUUGUUGUUUCUGGCAAAAACCGUCGGACGACAGGCCUCUGAACAACGUCAAUAUAGACAGUCGCGUGCGAAGGUGACACAGAAAGCGGCGAGCGGUAAUGACGAAGCCAGCGGCUCGUUUCAAUUGCUACGCAUGUCAAGUUUUCCUGUUUUGUUUGUAGGCGGAAACAUGCCAGAACAUGAUUUAGACCCACCAAAGUUCGCUAAGAAGGCACUAGAGAAACUGCUGUGCUAUUGGCCUGCGGUAAAGGCGAUGGCACUCAGCGGCUGCAAACAGAUCAACAAAUCGACCCCACUAAGUGAAGAUAUGUUCUAUUUGCUGUCGCAGAACGGCGUAACGUUUUUGGACAGAUUCAUAUACUGUUUGUUGGUGAAGUGUCCUUCAGAGCAGCUCGAAAUUUUCCUCACUACCAUGAUUAAGCAGAUACAGUUGCCAGAAUUCAGCGCUGAAGAUCGGCUUGUAGUGCAAAGAUGCGUGCGUUCUGUGGUUCGUAUUUACGCUCUUCUGAGUAUUGCUUUGUCGCCUGGCUACGGUAGGAAGAAAAGGUGUCUUGCGGCUGGUGCUUGUGUUCACAAAUGUAUCUUCGGAAUUUGUAGCGUUAGUCAACCGGUGCUGAAGUGUCGUCGCAUAUUUCAAGCGCUUCUGACCUAUGCCGUGGAAGAACUGGCAUCGGCUGCAGACGCAGUGAUGGCGCCAGUUCGUCUUGGAGUGUUGAAGUGCACGCAACAGUUUAUGCCGAUGUCCUCAUUCAAUGAAGCGAUUGAGUCGAUCGAAAAACUCCUCCUGGCCGAUCCUUUGAUUGCGUCGGCAUCAAAAAAUGAGACAGCUUCAUCGGCGGUCAUCUCGAAUUUUGCCGAUGAGAUGGUUAGCCUUUCUCAGGAAGAACGACGAAUAAUAUAUGACGAAGUGAACCUCAGUGACCCUGACGCUACCAGCGAGUCUGACAGCGACACCGAAAUGGAAGCCGGUAGCAAAAACACAGCCGUUAACCAGUCCAGUCAGUCACCUGGCCAUGAAGAUUCUGGACAAGUCACUCUUUACUAUUCGGAUAACGAUAGCGUUGCUUCCGCUAGCCAGAGCGGUGAGGUAAUCGAUGCCGAUGGUGAAUACGUUGACGGAGCCGAUGCUGAUGCCGAUCAGCAGGAUGCUGAAGACGAGUCGGAAGUUUCGGAUUCUGAUGACCUGGAAGAAGAACAUCUGAACGAGAGCGAGAGCGAGUUGGUUCGCAAUAAUAACAAUACCAGUGGAGGGGGCAGCGGCGGUGGAGUAGCCUCGUCAUCUUCUGAAAGUAAUGGAUGGUUUAAGCUAUUGCUGUAACU